UCACAUCUCUCGGCUAGUUGCUUUGAUAACGCCAAAUGGAGUAGUUGGAGCGGCAUGACAGUCUCCAGCCGAUGGUUAAGGGCCAUUCUCUUGGCCUUGCAGCUGUGGCAAGUGUGCGGCCUGUCCCUGGAACAACUCUGCAACUAUUGGCCCGGCAGCGGCUACGUUGGCGACCCGGGAGACUGCAAAAGCUGGGGCUAUUGCAAAAAUAAUAAGCUUGCGGCUCGAGGACAGUGCCAGGAUGAUUUGUAUUAUGAUUCGCUGUCUGGCAAGUGUGACAAAGCCCAUCUGGCACGAUGUGCUCCUCAGCACUGGGAGCUCUGUGCAGCGAGACAGAGCGGAGAGUUUGUGGCCGACCCAUUGGACUGCAGAGCAUACAAUAAAUGUGAUAACGAGGGCAAUGAUGAUGGGCUGAGGCUCUGUGCCGAAGGCUUUGUGUUUAGCAACAGGCUGCAGACAUGUGUUUCGAGUGCCAACGGAUGUCCACAGGAAACUUUUUCCAUAUGUGCCUACAUGCAAAGUGGCACUACCGUCGGCGACCCACUGAACUGCGGCCUCUACCUGGAGUGCGAGGGCGGCAGAGGCACGAGGCGGGCCUGCACCGGUGCUCGUUAUUACAACUACAAGACUCUGCGCUGCCAGCCCACUCAGCCCGAAUACUGUCCAAAUGACGAUAGUAGCUACAGGCCCGUCAAGCACCCACCUCCGGCCGUAGACGUCUCGGUGUGUGCUAGGUUUUACGAUGAUGACCGUUCCGGCAUUCAGCUCAUUUCGGAUGGCCUGACUUGCCACGGCUACUACCAGUGCAGCUCAAAACAUUUUGUCGGCAAGUGGCACAGCUGUCCACACGGCACACACUUCCAAUGGUGGAGUCAGAGGUGUGUAAGCCCCCAAGCCUACAGCUGCCCGUACGAUCGUUGCGGUAAUCUGAACUCGACUUUUGUCACCGCAAUAAACACAGGCUGCACCCAAUACAUUCACUGCUACAAUCAGAUAGCCCAGAACAUCAUCCAGUGCCCGAAAGCGUACCCCUACUUUGAUGAGCGUGGAGGUGUCUGCAGCAAAUACUUUCCAAAUUACAUUGUGUGCUACAUGGAGAAUUAAAGUGCUACUUUUUCUCGUUAAUAAAUCCCAAACAAUU